AUGCAAAAUGAUACGCUGCAAAAUGAAAUUAACGAAUUAAUAAAAAAUAUCAAAGGACGUAAAAUGGUUAACAAGUUUGAUACAAAAAUUUGCGAAACACAAAAUAUUGAUAAGUUAGAAUUUAAAAUAAAUAACUUGCUUAAGUUAUAUAAUAUUAAAAUUGAAUGUAAUAAACUUACAUCUAUUGAAGAUAUUGAAAAUGAAAUAAGUAAUAUUUUUAGAACUAAGAAGAUUAAAGACAAAUCAUUAGAGAAAUGUUACACAAAAUUAUAUGGAUUUUAUACAAACAGAAAAGCUGUUGUAAAAUGGGAUGCAAAUAAAAUUGACGAAUUUUUUUCAUCUUUAAUGAAAUAG